AUGGAGAGAUCAGUAGGCUUUCGUUUCUCUCCAACAGAAGAAGAGCUUGUGAGCUUCUAUCUUAAAAACAUGUUGGACAACAAAAGACAAGACAUUCAAAGUGUCAUUCCCAUCCUUGAUGUUUAUAGUUUUGAUCCUUGGCAGCUCCCUAAGAUGGCAGGAGAACCAUGCAAUAAAGAUGGUGAGCAAUGGUUUUUCUUCUCCCCAAUGCAAGAGAGUGAAGCUCAUGGUGGAAGAAGAACUCGAAUGACGCAAGCGGGCUUUUGGAAGGCUACCGGCUCUCCUAGUUUUGUUUAUUCAACUGAUCGGGCUAUCGCCGUGAAGAAGACAAUGGUUUUCUACACUGGAAGAACUCCUUUUGGCAAAACUAAAUGGAAAAUGAAUGAAUACAAAGCUCUCGAGGGAACUACUUCGAAGUUGAGAAAUGAAUUUAGCCUUUGUCGAGUUUACAUUAAAUCGGGAUGUUUGCGAGCUUUUGAUCGUCGCCCUGUCGGACUAGGCAUUGAGAAUCAGAGAAUGGGAAUAGAAUCAUCAUCAACUUCUUCGUCUUCUCCUUCUUCAAUUAUUGCACCAUUGGCAGUUGAAGGAACAAGCUCUCACAAGAGUUCUUCAUCUGCUGAACUUGUUAUUACUGAUGACAUGCAAAUGCUUGGUGAUAUUGAUUUGAACUGGUUUUGA